AACGUACACCUAUUCACCGUGUUCCCGCAGUCGGUCAUCCUCCCGUAUCUAUCAAUAUCAUAUCUAUCUGUUCUACGGUCUCGCACUCUCCGUACUCUAUAUCGGGUCUCCCAUUCUCUUUUUCCAUUACGCCCGUGGAACACAAUCUUUUGUCCCUUUAUCGACGGUACACGCAUUGAAUGUCGUCGUUAUGUAUCUGGUCGCCGUGAGCCGUGUGUAGGGAAUACCGCGUAAUUUCCAUAACCAAACCCGACGAUCGUCGUUACACCGAGUGACACGGAAACUCGUUUUGCGUUUAAAGGAACGUGAGAUAUCCGCGGAAGGAUGAACGACAUGGAAGCUUACGGGGACGGAUACAUGGAGCCGGAGGAAGAGUGGGAGAGGGAAGGUCUUUUGGAUCCUGCUUGGGAAAAACAGCAGAAAAAGACAUUCACAGCCUGGUGUAACUCGCACCUACGAAAAGCCGGGACUGCCAUCGAAUCGAUCGAGGACGACUUCAGGAACGGGCUGAAGCUGAUGCUGCUGCUCGAGGUGAUCUCAGGCGAAACCCUGCCGAGGCCUGACCGGGGCAAGAUGCGGUUCCACAAGAUCGCGAACGUGAACAAAGCGCUGGACUACAUCGCCAGCAAGGGAGUUAAAUUGGUCUCGAUCGGAGCAGAGGAAAUCGUGGACGGCAACCUGAAGAUGACUCUCGGCAUGAUCUGGACCAUAAUUCUGCGGUUCGCGAUCCAAGACAUCUCCGUGGAGGAGAUGACCGCGAAAGAGGGCCUGCUGUUGUGGUGUCAGCGGAAGACCGCGCCGUACAAGAACGUCAACGUGCAGAACUUCCAUCUGUCGUUCAAGGACGGGCUGGCGUUCUGCGCUCUUAUCCAUCGUCAUCGUCCCGACCUUAUCGAUUACAAUAAGCUUAGCAAGGAUAAUCCUCUAGAGAAUCUGAACACUGCCUUCGAUGUUGCUGAAAAGUAUCUCGACAUUCCUCGCAUGUUAGAUCCCGAUGAUUUGAUCAACACACCCAAGCCGGACGAGCGUGCGAUCAUGACGUAUGUGUCCUGCUACUACCACGCGUUCCAAGGUGCUCAGCAGGUCAAUAUGCGAAACACAGCAAUGCCUGACGAGAGGGCUGUGAUGACCUACGUGUCCUCCUACUACCACUGUUUUAGCGGCGCGCAGAAGGCGGAGACGGCCGCGAACAGGAUCUGCAAGGUCCUGAAGGUCAACCAGGAGAACGAGAGGUUGAUGGAGGAAUACGAGCGGCUGGCUUCCGACCUUUUGGAAUGGAUUCGACGAACAAUGCCAUGGCUGGCCAGCCGUCAGACCGACAACUCUCUCGCCGGCUGCCAGAAGAAGCUGGAAGAGUAUAGAACGUACCGACGCAAGCAUAAGCCGCCGCGCGUCGAGCAAAAGGCUAAACUCGAAACGAACUUCAAUACGCUGCAGACGAAGCUGAGGUUGAGCAAUCGGCCCGCGUACAUGCCGACAGAGGGGAAGAUGGUGUCUGACAUCAACAAGGCCUGGAAAGGACUGGAGCUGGCAGAGAAGUCGUUUGAAGAAUGGUUACUGUCGGAGAUGAUGCGGCUCGAGCGUCUGGAGCACCUUGCCCAGAAGUUCAAGCACAAAGCAGACGCCCAUGAAGAGUGGACCGCGGGCAAGGAGGAGAUGUUGACGUCGCAGCACUUCCGACAGUGCAAGCUGAACGAGCUGAAAGCUUUGAAGAAGAAACACGAGGCCUUCGAGUCCGACCUCGCGGCUCAUCAAGACCGCGUCGAACAGAUAGCUGCUAUCGCACAAGAACUUAACACCUUAGAAUACCACGACAGCGCGUCCGUUAACGCUAGGUGUCAGCGAAUCUGCGAUCAGUGGGAUCGUUUGGGCACCCUAACUCAACGCAGACGUCAAGCACUGGACGAGGCCGAGCGUAUUCUGGAAAAGAUCGACGUGCUGCACCUCGAGUUUGCUAAGCGUGCUGCUCCAUUCAACAAUUGGCUGGAUGGAACUAGGGAAGAUCUGGUUGACAUGUUCAUCGUUCACACGAUGGAAGAGAUCCAGGGCCUAAUGGAUGCUCACGCAGCUUUCAAGGCGACUCUCGGAGAAGCUGAUAAAGAAUACAACUCGAUCGUGGGACUUGUCCGUGAGGUCGAGUCCAUAGUCAAACAGUUCCAGAUCCCUGGAGGUCUGGAGAAUCCGUACACGACCCUCACCGCAUUGGACCUCACGAAGAAAUGGAGCGACGUCAGGCAACUCGUUCCACAGCGUGACGGUACACUGCAAGCAGAACUUCGCAAGCAGCAGAACAAUGAAUUGCUUCGACGACAGUUUGCUGAGAAGGCGAACGCCGUUGGUCCAUGGAUAGAACGCCAGUUGGACGCUGUUACAGCUAUUGGUCUCGGUCUCCAGGGAACCCUUGAGGAUCAGUUGCAUCGUCUGAAGGAAUAUGAACAAGCAGUCUACCAGUACAAGGCUCAUCUCGAGGAAUUGGAGAAGAUUCACCAAGCUGUACAAGAAGGCAUGAUCUUCGAGAACCGCUACACUCAGUACACAAUGGAAACGUUGCGAGUCGGUUGGGAGCAGCUGUUGACUUCGAUAAACCGCAACAUCAACGAAGUCGAGAAUCAGAUCCUCACCAGAGACUCAAAGGGUAUUACGCAAGAGCAGCUAAAUGAAUUCCGCAGCAGUUUUAAUCACUUCGACAAGAACCGAACGGGACGAUUGGCUCCUGAAGAAUUCAAGUCCUGCCUUGUGUCUUUGGGCUACUCGAUUGGAAAGGAUAGGCAAGGUGACAUCGACUUCCAGCGUAUUCUGGCCAUCGUCGACCCGAACAACUCUGGCUACGUGCAGUUCGACGCGUUCCUGGACUUCAUGACGCGCGAGUCUACGGACACCGACACUGCUGAACAAGUCAUCGAUAGCUUCCGUAUUCUCGCCGGAGACAAGCCGUACAUCAUGGCGGACGAACUGAGGAGAGAACUACCGCCCGACCAGGCCGAAUACUGCAUUCAGAGAAUGCCGCCUUACAAAGGACCGAACGCCAUGCCCGGCGCGUUGGAUUACCGUUCGUUCUCCACCGCUUUGUACGGCGAAUCCGAUCUGUAAAUUAUACAUAUCAAAUGCAACUGAAGAGAACAUGUUUUCGGACGAUUCCCAGUUGAACAGCAAGUCGAACGACAACCCGCGAAAGUUUGCUCUACGGAUUUUUGGUACUCGAACGCACCUCUACAAAGUCAGAAAUAAGUUAGCGCGUCCUCAAGGAGAACCAUCGUUUAGAAGAAAAAGAAAGAGAGCGCGGUACGACAUUCGAAGCGUUUCGAAAAGGAAGGGGCUCAUCGAAUAGUUUAAAUGUGCGUUCGAACGAGAUUUUUUACUCACGAUGUUGUUUGAACGCGAUGGGACACCCGAGGGCAGUCAUAUCGAGAAAUUUUGAUACACCGAUAUUUUCCUAGGAUGAUCGCCCCCUAGACACGAGGCGAGAAUCGUCGUGAUGCGCUCAAUGUCAGGCGGAAAAGCCGCUUGAAAGUAAAAGUCUGUACAGUGACAAUAAAUGUCCUUCCCCGAGUAGCCCAUUGUGUGUUCAAAGGACACUGCGUGAUCGAACGCAAUAGGCUCGCCUAGAACGAGCCCGCUUCUUGCCUAAUGUCUACGACGAAUCCUAUAAUUAAUAAGUAAACUCUUCGAUUGUAUAUAAAUGUCCCCCAACCAAGAGAGAAGUCACGAGUACCAAUAACGGAAAUACUAAAAAUCUUGGGUUCCGGGAGAGGGAACCAACGAAGCUGUGCCGAAAAUGAAUAUUAUAUUUAAUGAGACGAGGGAGAACUAAAAGGAAAUUGGGAUAACAAGGAGCAAGGACGCGAUCGAAUGAUUCGCGACGCGUCCGAUCGACGCCGACGUUGAUCUUGUAGCCUUACGUAUCGUAGAAAUUUCGUUCGAGCGGAGAACAAGAUGUUUUAGUUCAAGGUAAAAGAACCCCUUCGACGUGUCGAACUGAAUUAAUUGUUGUAAUCGUGCUCGAAGUACAGUUCCUACGCGUGUUCCUGCGGGUCGCACAUAGUUCUGUUUCUUUACCUUUUUUUUUCGAUACAGUCGGGAGGCGUUAUGUAACUGAAAACGUAAGGUACAAAUCGAGGUUCGCGUUAUCGCAAGAGAAAAAAAAAGAACAUAAAAAGAACGAUACAAAUUUCAUUAUGUAUGACGUAUGUGUAUAAAUUACGGACACUAACGAUACAAACAAGUAACGAACUUUUUUUGGUAAUCCUUGCAAACACGUACGAAUCGACUUUCUCGCUAAGGAGCCAGAAAACAUUGUAAACACGCUCGAAAAAAAAAAUCGAACAUAACGUUCAUAUUUUUUUAUAUAAUGAAUAAUACGCGGCGAACACGAAUUUUUUAAACGAGACGACGAUACUACCCGCCGCCCUUAUACUUCGCGAAGGAGAUCAUUACAUUAUAAAUGAUAGAGAAACGCGAAACGAUGCUAAAGAAAGCAAAUUUAUUUAUUUAUUUGAAUUAAAUGAUUUAUUUAUUAUUGUUCCGAUAUAAUUAAUCACGGUAGCGAAACGAACGCCACUUUUUUUCGAGGUAUUUAUUUUUAUAAAUAUUUGGGAGAAGUGAUACCAUACGAAACGGCCACUGUAAUAUACAUAUAGGACCUGUUACUGUGAAAACUCUUCCAAUCGCAGCAGCUGCCAUUACUCGCGUCAUGUGUAUCUAGAGUCUACGAGUCCUACACUAGCAGCAGCUUAACAAAAAAAGAAAAGGGGAAAACGAGAAUCGAUCAUUUAGUCGAAUCAUUGUCGUCCAAAUCAUUACUACUACUACUAUAAUUACUACUAUUAUUAUUGUAAGAUCAUUAAAAAAAAAAAGAAAUGCUCGUGUGUGAAAUGCAAUUAUUUUAUUCGAGAGAAAAGGGAAACAAGUAUACUGUAACCAUUUUUUUGUUUCGCUUGAGGCUUAACGCUUUACUCAUUGUCUAUCUUAACGCGUUUUGAGAGUUCUUUCUUAAUUUUCUCGCAUCUACACUUUCGUUCAGGGACAAUUCAUCGAAACAGAAGGGAAACAAAGAAGAGCAUAAAAGAAACUCAAACCGAACAGUAUACAUUUCGACACACAAACACCAACAUGUACACACACAAAAACAUGGAAACACAUACGCACACUCGUUAAUUAAUCCCGUACACAGAGAAUGAAAAACAUAUUGACGUUUAUCAAAAUGUAAUAAAUCGGAAAAAAAUGCGUACAUAUAGUAUGUAUGGAUGUAAGUAGGUGUACGGCUGGAAAAGAAAACGGAAAAAGAAAAGAAAAAGAGAUCUCGUUCUGCAAAAUGCACACGUGGUACAUAUUCUCAUCGAUCGAUCAUGUACGCUUACAAUUCGCGAUUCUUCCGAUUUCAAACUUCCGACACGUCGGUCGAAUCGGAAAAUCUUGUUUUGCCUGUCUCCACUUACCGAACUGGUUCGAUAGAUAUUGUAAAGUCAAAAUACGAGGAAAACAAAUAAAAAGGAGAAAUAAGAAAACCAAAAGGGAAAGUGGUUUAAGGGAGAGAGAGAGAGAGAGAGAGAGGAGAUGGAGAGAAAGGUGGUCGCAACGAAGGACUUGGCUGGAAUAAACUUAUCCGACAUUGUGUUGUGAUUAAA